CGCUCUAUAUAUAUAUAUAUAUAUAUAUAUAUUGAUGGAGAUUCGUAUACAAUAAUUAAUUACUUCAUUUGAAUUUCCGAAUCAAUUAAAUAUACUAAUGAUAGUUAUAAGUAUUUGAAUUUCUUUAAUUCUUUGAUUAUUUUGUGUAUAUAUCAAUUAAUGACUAUGUCUAAUUCAUCACAAAUUUCUAAUGAACCUUAUCGUGAAUUAGAAGAAUUACGUGGUUCAGAAUUAAAUAUUAAUUCAGAAAAUGUUUCAAGGUGUAAUAGAAAUUUUGGAAAUUGCGUUGCUUUGGAGCUUUCUUCUGUUGUAGUUAUUCCAGAUGGAUAAUCUGCUUAAACUUAUCUGUAAAGGAGCGGGUAACUGUAAGUUAUAUACUUUUACUGUUGUUCAAGCUGUAAAUGCAUUAGGAUUUGGAAAGUUUCAAGUUAAGUUAUCUUUAUUUACGGGUCUCUGUUGGAUGGUAGAUAGUAUGGAAAUAACAAUAUUAAGUAUCUUAAGUCCAUCAUUACAUUGUGAUUGGGGCAUAACCAGAUAUCAACAAGCUUUAACUACUACGGUUGUCUUUUUAGGUAUGAUGUUAAGUUCUACAUUUUGGAGUAGUUUAAGUGACAGAUAUGGUAGUAAACAAUCUUUAACUUUAUGUGCAAUAUUAUUAGUCUAUUAUGCUUUUUUAAGUGCUUUUGCACCAAAUUUUCUUUGGAUUUUAUUACUUAGAGGAUUAGUUGGAUUUGCUAUUGGUUGUGUACCACAAUCUGUCACAUUAUAUGCAGAAUUUCUUCCAGCAAAACAAGAGCAAAAUGUGUAAUUUUAUUAGAUGUAAG